CCUCAAUGUGACAGGGUCAAAAGACCGGCGCUGACGAGUACCCCGACCGAAAUCACAAACCCGAAUUUCGUAUCUCCGUCUCCUGUUAUCAAUCUAAUCUGAUCUAACACCAGCGGACUCUGCAACAUGUACUUGGCCUGCUCCCCUUGCUCUGUUACCAAACCAUCAAACAUGGUGUCGCCAUCAUGUUCCAACACACGAUACUCUGGCUAGACGCCGUAGCGGAGAUAGCUGCUAUUGUUGCCGCCGAAGUUGUGCGCGGCAUGAACGCCUUUUUCCUCCGUCAGCAAAUCCGCGUUCUCGGAUCGACGCCACCUGAGCAGCGUACCCAGAAUGUUGUCGUUGUCGGCGCUUCAUUUGCAGGCUAUCAUGCGGCCCGUCUCAUGGCGCGCAGCCUGCCUCGAAAUAGCCACUACCGAGUCGUGGUGAUAGAGCCAAACAGUCACUUCCAGUUUACUUGGCUUCUGCCUCGCUUCUGCGUGGCCCCGGGACACGAACACAAAGCCUUCAUACCGUACGGCGGAUACAUCAGUGGCACAGCCCCAGGAAGCUUGCAAUGGGUCAGGGAUUGGGUUACGGACAUUGGAAAAAACAUUGUUACUGUGGGCAAUGAGGACGUUAUCCCGUACGAGUAUCUUGUUGUGGCGACAGGAUCGGGCGUACGCCAGGGACUACCGUCCAGAGUCAACGCGACGGACAAGACAGAGGGGGUGAAGCUCCUGCGCGAGUUCCAGGCCUCUAUCCAAAGCGCAAAGAGGAUUGUUGUCGUUGGCGGUGGCGCUGCCGGCGUCGAGCUUGCUACCGACGCCAAGUCCAAGUAUCCGGAAAAGCAUGUCACCCUUGUCCACUCAAGAAGCGCGCCCAUGCACCUCUGGGCAAGUAGUCUGCAGAAGGCAGCACUGGAGGGCUUGGAGCGACUAGGAUGUGAGCUCAUUCUCAAUGAGAGGGUGAUUGAGCAGGACGAUAAAGCCGGGACGAUUACGUUGCAAUCGGGAAAAGUCAUGGAGACUGACUGCGUUGUGAACUGUACCGGGCAGAAGCCUUCCUCCGAACUGAUCGCGAAGCUCUCGCCCAGCUCCAUUGCAUCGACGGGUCACAUCAAAGUCAACCCGAACCUGAGCAUCAGGGACGACUCGCUUUCGGACAGGGUCUACAUCUGCGGAGACGUUGCUGACACGCAAACGCCAAAUCCGAAUGCACGAUCGGCCAUGCUGCAGGGCAGUGUGGUAGCCGACAAUGUUCUACUCGCAAUCAAAGACCAGAAACCCAGGCAUGUCUACAAGAACCACUGGCUGCAAGGCUUUAUCAAACUGACCCUGGGACUGGACCGGUCAGUAUCACUUUUCGGUCACGGUGAAACGGCUCUGCUUUUCCAGAGUCGGGAGAAGAAAGAAGAUCUGAUGGCAGCGCAGGGCUGGAAGCACCUAGGUGCCAAACCCUUCGUGGAUGACUCAAGCUCACCCAAGUCCUGCUGACAAUGAGAAGCUGACCGACUCACGCCACUGGAUCAACUUGCGACUUUAGCUAGUCACCGGCAAGAAAUCAUCUCGCUCGGAUUUGGAGACAUUAGGCGUAUUUUCUCG